AUGGCAACACAGGUACUCACAAGACCAGCAGACAAGAUGUGUGGUACUCACAAGACCAGCGGACAAGGUAACACAGGUACUCACAAGACCAGCGGACAUGGUAACACAGGUACUCACAAGACCAGCGGACAUGGUAACACAGGUACUCAGAAGACCAGCGGACAUGGUAACACAGGUACUCACAAGACCAGCGGACAUGGUAACACAGGUACUCACAAGACCAGCGGACAUGGUAACACAGGUACUCACAAGACCAGCGGACAUGGUAGCACAGGUACUCACAAGACCAGCGGACAUGGUAGCACAGGUACUCACAAGACCAGACCAGGACAUGGUAGCACAGGUACUCACAAGACCAGCGGACAUGGUAACACAGGUACUCACAAGACCAGCGGACAUGGUAGCACAGGUACUCACAAGACCAGCGGACAUGGUAGCACAGGUACUCACAAGACCAGCGGACAUGGUAGCACAGGUACUCACAAGACCAGCGGACAUGGUAGCACAGGUACUCACAAGACCAGCGGACAUGGUAGCACAGGUACUCACAAGAUCAGCGGACAUGGUAGCACAGGUACUCACAAGACCAGCGGACAUGGUAACACAGGUACUCACAAGACCAGCGGACAUGGUAGCACAGGUACUCACAAGACCAGCGAACAUGGUAACACAGGUACUCACAAGACCAGCGGACAUGGUAGCACAGGUACUCACAAGACCAGCGGACAUGGUAGCACAGGUACUCACAAGACCAGCGGACAUGGUAGCACAGGUACUCACAAGACCAAAGGACAUGGUAGCACAGGUACUCACAAGACAAGCGGACAUGGUAGCACAGGUACUCACAAGACAAGCGGACAUGGUAGCACAGGUACUCACAAGACCAGCGGACAAGGUAGCACAGGUACUCACAAGACCAGCAAACAUGGCAACACAGGUACUCACAAGACCAGCAGACAAGAUAGCACAGGUACUCACAAGACCAGCGGACAAGGUAACACAGGUACUCACAAGACCAGCGGACAUGGUAACACAGGUACUCACAAGACCAGCGGACAUGGUAACACAGGUACUCAGAAGACCAGCGGACAUGGUAACACAGGUACUCACAAGACCAGCGGACAUGGUAACACAGGUACUCACAAGACCAGCGGACAUGGUAACACAGGUACUCACAAGACCAGCGGACAUGGUAACACAGGUACUCAGAAGACCAGCGGACAUGGUAACACAGGUACUCACAAGACCAGCGGACAUGGUAACACAGGUACUCACAAGACCAGCGGACAUGGUAACACAGGUACUCACAAGACCAGCGGACAUGGUAACACAGGUACUCACAAGACCAGCGGACAUGGUAACACAGGUACUCACAAGACCAGCGGACAUGGUAGCACAGGUACUCACAAGAGUUGGUAA